AUGUGCAAAACAUACCUGCAAGAGAUGAAAUCUAUUCCAGAUGACAUGAGAGGUGCUAUUGUUGCUUCCUUCUUUUCCAAACCCGGAUAUGGCAAAUCCUAUUUGAUCAAUGGUCUGAGUGAUGGAAUGAACAGAACAAGUCAUUCUCAACCAUUGCCUUCCAAAAAGCAAUACGGAGCAGGGUUAACUCGAACAACCAUUGACGUUCAACCAGACUCAAAAUACAAGCUCGUCAAGGUCAUGUGUUCUAUUGACGAAUAUCAUCUUAGAUGUCAGGUAAACAAUGUAAAAGAGGAGCAGUACAAGCCUGACCAAAUGAUGGUCGAACUUGACACAGAGGACAACUUGAUACUCUCUAACAACCCUCAAGUUCGAUACAAGGAGCUAUGUCAAAGAGCUUACGAAACUCUUGAGGACUUUGAAAAAAACAAAACAAAAGAGGAGGCGAUGAUGGUGAAAAAACUUGUUCUCUCAUGGCCCAGCCCAUUCCUACAAGAAAGUAAGGUUGUAUUGAGAGAUAUGGCUGGUUAUGACGAUCGUGAAGAAUACAAGCAGUAUAUCAAAGAGAGCAUGAUGGAUGUUGGUGUUUUGUUUGUAGGUUGUGAGAACAAUAGAGGCACCUGGGACGAUGGCUUGGUUAAAAAGCUUUGGGAUCAUGGAUUGUAUUCACCAUAUCAGAACUUCUAUCCUUCUGUGGUGUUUCUUAUUAAUGAUCCUCAUAUGACAGUAGAAGAUUAUAACAAGUGGAAUUAUAAUGAUGCCACUAAUAAGAUCAAAUUUGGAAUUCAAUUGUCCAUUCUGUUAGGGGUUGAUAUUGGUGUUUCACAAGAGGUGUUUUUGGGUAGAGCUAACCAUGAAGGGCUUUUGGAAACAAGUAGAAUCACAGAUCUCUUGAGUGACUGUGGUAUAAUUAAUGCAUUAUCUUUGGAUGAGAUUAAGGGAAUUGUAGACGAAUCUCAAACAGGAAUGUUUUCAUAUCACGACUUCAAUAGGCUUCUCAAAAGAUUGAAUGAUAAUCAAUCAAAUGUCGAAGUUGAUCAGAGAUAUGAGUUUGCAAAACAUCUCUUCGAUAAUUUUACCACUAUUGUUGUUCCACCUAAAGAAGCACCUGUUCAAAAGUUCUUGCGAGAUUUUAGGAUGGUUAUGGAGCGAGCAAGGACUAAAAUGUAUGAAUAUCAACGCAUGCGAUUAAGAGAUAGAGCAUUUGUGAUACUGACUUACCUUGAUGCAAAAUAUGGAAAAUCAGAGACUCCUGCGAAAGUUGAAAAAAGAAUGAAGGAAAAAGUGAAAUCGAUAACAAAUAUUCUAUCAAAACAUCUAACGCAACGGCUUUCCAAUUCUCAAAGUCAAUAUCCACAAAGAGAAAGCAUUUCUGAUACAACAUCCUCCUCAUUUAUCAACGAUGUGCUUGAAUUUUAUAAGCAACACAUUCGUCACUGCUUUGACGAAGAUGAAGUAAUAUCUAUUAUUGAACUUCAAGGGAAUAGAUUAAGAAAGAAGAACUACAAAAAAGAAUGGAAUAAGGUUAAACCAUUUCUUAUUAACAAAGUGACCAUGAUUAUUGAAAGCUUGACACAAAAUGCUAUGCAGUUACUUAACCGUCUUAAACUUCAAUUAGACCAAAAUGCAAUUGGUAUUGAUUUGGAACUGGUAAAGGACAGAGAUAAUUUUAUUAACGAAGUUAUUUCUCUACUUAACCCUCACUCAAAAGAGAGCAGUGAUAAUCAAUUGGCCUUGAAUAUUUAUAACGCCAUUGUUGAUUAUGAUGAUCAAUUACGAAGCUGUACAGAGGACACAUUGUCUCUUCUAGACACCAGUCUUGAAAUGUCUCGCCAACCAGAGGUGCAAAAAUUGCUACAAGAAUAUCAGUACAAGUUAAAACAUCAUGACACAGAAUCUGUAACUAUUGAUACCAAGUAUCCCGUUCCAUAUAGAGACGCAGAUAAAGGACUCUUCUUUCCAACAAUGGAGUCAGAAAAUACUGACGAAUUGAAAGACAAGAAAUAUUGUGCCCCCAACGAUAACUUAUUGAAAUACUCAUUACCAAAAUUACCAAAAAGCUCCAUUGUCGUUGAAAAAGAAAAGCACGAGCAUAUACGGCCACACAAUGAGAUUUGGCUUUAUAAGAAAAGCAAUACAAGACUAGGAAUCUCAUAUUCCUCUCGGUUUCAACAGUUUGCAAAUCAAUUUCAAAAAAUUACAGAAAAUUCUAUAACACAAAAACUUAACCGAAUUCAUGCCAUAUUUAUUAUCACAAGACCCAGAGGAAAAAAUUACGUACCGAGUUUGUUGUUAGAUGCAAAGAAAUUACUUCAAAGCAACAAUGUACUACACAUGUUCAUAAUUGCUACUGAAGCAUGUUAUUUGAAAAGAUAUCAAGAAAUCAUAGCUAGACAUGACCAAUCGUUAAUAGGAGAUUAUUAUUUUCUUGUUCUAAAUAGUGAAAACAAAUUAGGAUAUGCUACUGUGGAAACAUGUGUGUUUGAAACAGCGAGUCAUUUAAAGCUUGAAGUGAUCUCUAUUACACACGAUGACAUUGAUCGUGGAUACGAAUACUUUUUCGACAAGAAAAUAAUAAUGGAUCAUGAAUGGGCCUUGCUUCGCUAUUUUUGUUUUGCAGAGAAAACAUUGUAUUCAGAAGCAUUUAGUUCCAAAAACAAGACAGUUGUAAAGACAGCAUUGAAAUCAGUCUUGCAACCAAACAAUAUCGACGAUAUGAUUUCGGAGCUUUUGAAUAAGGAAAGCAAUUACCAACAACUUAUUCCAAUUCAAAAAUACUUUUACUCUGUCGUAAGCGAAAACCAAGUCAAUGCAGGCAACGCCAUUGAAGAAAUUUCUAACAAUCCUCAGGAGCUUAUUGAACGACUGGAAUACGUAUCACAAAAAUAUAAUACCCCUAUUGCAACAUCUAUUCGUGACAAGAUCUCUAAAAUUUUCGAGCAAAAAAGACACGUAGGAAGAACAAGUUUGUGGAACUAUCAACCUGGAUCCAAUACUACACAGAAGUUACAUGAUUUGAUGAAACCAACACACAAAACCUCAAAUGCAACAUCUACUAUCAACACCUAUUACAUGCCCUCUAUGAAAGGAAUACAUUCAAUCAGCGAUGAUCAUUUCUGGAAGCCUUUUAAUGACAAAGACAGAAAAGAAUUAUUGGAAAAGGCCGGUAACAAAAAACUAUCUACUUUUGACAUUGACGCCAUGCGAAAAGGAUGGAAGAACACUGAUAUUUCAUUGAAGAGUCAAAUGUUAAUGCAUGGUGUAGGGUCUUUUCAAAUAUUUUGCUUUGCUUUUACCAGUAGAAAUUCUCCCUCCCUAGUAAAUAUGAAAGACAUCAGACGAGGCGACCAAUUCGACAGCGAUGAUGAAUACGACGAGAACUGUGAAACAGAAAAUGAAGAAGAAGAAGUCGAGUUUAUUCCUCCCACAAAAAGCGAACAAGGAAACACCACCGAUAGCAGUUCAGACGAAGAGGGUGAUGCGAGUGAUAUUGCUUCUUAUAGCCAAGAAUCGCCAAACGAAAAGAAACGAAAAAAGUACUCGAAACAAUACAACGUUUCAUCUCAAAAAAAGACCAAACAGCAAUAA